CCAGAGCGGUGGACGAGCGCAGUAGCGAACGCGCGCAUGCGCUUUGCACCGGGCCGCUCGGGAGACACGACCUUCACGGUGCGAAGGUCAAAGUCAAGAGAGCGUCGAGGCCCGUGAACUGUACGUGCCGGCGAGACCUGCGGCAGCUGCGAACGAAAUGGCACGAAGAAGUAGGCCCAGGCACGGCUGAGAUCAGAACCAGUCUCCAUCAAUCCCUCCAUCAAACCCAGCUGUCACUUGGAAGACAGCACGGUGUUUCUUGGAGUCAAACCACAGGUUCGCAGCAGACCCUGCCAGCCGCGAGGAAGAUGGCCGGAAUGGUGAGCCCCACCAAGUUGAUGCUCGUGUGCCUGGUGGCGCUGGUCACCUCCAGCUGGGCCGUGGGCAAGACGCUGGGCCAGCCAGGGGAGAAGGAGCGCCUGCUCAACGAGCUGGACUUGGUGGACGACGACGGCAGCAUCGAGACGGCGCUCAUCAACUACCUGUUCGCCAAGCAGGUGGUGAACCGGCUGCGCAGCCAGAUGGACGUGAGCGACCUUCAGCGCAAGAGGAGCUACUGGAAGCAGUGCGCCUUCAACGCCGUGUCCUGCUUCGGCAAGUAGGGCCUAAGGUUCCCCUCGAAGCGAAGAAGACCUCAACGUUCACCUCUGUACCACACCUUCUCUCCUGGUGCUUUGUGCGUCGCUGAUACCUUAGACACUGUUCGCCUCUCCGUCAACAAGGACACAGGUCUUAUUCACCAACAUCGUGGCACUAGUUGCUGUGUUCAGACAUGUCGACUUAACCUACUUUCAUUAGGAGUUUAGCCCACCUCGCACAUCAAAAAAUAAUAUAUUUUUAAACACACAGCCUUCCAGACUUGACACAAACAGGGUAUCAUUUAUCAUGAUCAUUGGUUCAGAUUAACUUUCUCUGUCAAGUCAUCUACUUAAUACAUCAACAAAGAUUCCGUAAAUAAGAAGCACAAUAGCCUUUCCUGAACCAGACAUAAUUUAAAAUAAUUGUCUUAAGAGCGAUACCCAUGUCCUGAACACUUUUUCCUCGUCGACAAAGAUUUCCAAAACUCAAUAAUUAAACUUCGCAAGUUCAUAUAUUGCUCUUUCCGUUAACCAACAAAGAGUCUAUAAAAAAAAUCCUUACAACUCUCUCAACUUGACAUAUGUAGGAAAUUUACCAACGUCGCCCUUAUUAUGAGGCACUCUUUACUAGCUCCCGACUACGAUACUCCAGACAUUGACAUUAUUUAAUCAUGUUCAUCAACAAAGAUUACAUGAAUGCACAUUUCUUAAAUUUGGCAGCUCAUCAUAUCCAGACAAAAAUUAUCGAAUGAUUAAGGCAUUUGAAACUUUUUUUUAUCUACACGAGUAAGUAAUGCGGGGAUAUAUACACAUAUACACUCCUUGUUCCUUUCCCCAUGAGCAAAAACAAAUCUAGAUUCACAUAAGUUUUUUUUCCGCACAGUAAGAUUGGUUGAAAUACAUGUACCGUAACUGGUUCCAAAGAUACUUUUGGUAUAACAGGUCAAUUUUUGUGUAUAUUUGCUAAGCCAUCAACCUUGUGGGGUUUCACAUACAUAAACACUUUGAGAUGUGAUUCAUGUAACCCAAUAAUUAAAUGGUAUUUUAAUAAAACUGCCAUCAGUUCUAAUACAUAACAGUUUUGUUUAAUUUUCAAGGUGUAUAUAAUUUUAGAUGCAGAGUAUGUGAAAAUACUCAUAAAUCUAUUUCCUGCAUAAGGGAAAGACAACAUUGUACCACUUACUAAUAACUCCCAUGGAAUUUUGCUUGGUUGCAUUCAGUAAUAUUCCAAGUAAAUCUGUAUUUGGAACAUUGUCCUUCAGAACAUCUUCUGCCAAUCAAGUGUUUAAUUCGUUAAGUGUAUUUUGUCUGUAACUGUAUGUAAUAUAUUCAUACCAUACAUAUAAUUAAAAUAAAUGUUUUACAGAAAUCAUU